GCCAGUGAAUCGAUGCGCGCACUACUGUACAUGGAAACGCAGGGUUUUCUCGGCCCACACAAGUCGGACCCGCAAAACUCUUCGCACGGCCUGAGCUGGCAUCGCCGAUUUUUACGAACGUCCACACGAACAGACUCGGAAAGAACCGGAAACUUGGAUUUUGUGUGGUGUUAAAAUCCCAUGAGAGUUGAUAAACCGCAAUUUUAUGAGUGAAGUCUUUUUUUUUUCAAGAUGGCGGACAACGGAGAUUCCGAAGGAGCAAAGCUGGUCGGAAACGCGGCAGACGGAACAGGAUCAGAUUCUGAUGCACCCAAACAAGCAUCAGGAGGAGGUACCGUCAUGUUUUCCUCCAAGGCAGGGCUGCUCCUCACGUUCAUCAGCGCAGUGGGUGGCGGGAGUCUGUGGCGCUUUCCGCGCACCCUGGCGAACAACUGCGGAAAGGAAGGAUGCCUGCAGUUCCUCCUGGUCUGGUUGGUGUUCCUAUUCCUGUGGUCUAUCCCACUUAUUAUCAUAGAGGUCGCCAUUGGUCGGUUCACCAGGAGGGCUCCACCAAUGGCGUUCCACGAUCUUCUGGGGGUGAAGUCGACGUGGCUUGGGGGCUGGAUGGCAAGUCUUAACUUUCUCAUAACCUGUUACUUCGGUGUGAUUGUCGGAUGGGCGGUGUUUUACACCAUUGAGUGUAUUUUCUAUCCACUUCCAACAACUUACGAAUUGAGUAUCGCUGCAUGGCGAAAAUUUGAAGAGGAGAGCCUAUGGCCUGUUCUUCUACACUUCAUCAUCACCGCGGCCUGUGCUGCAGCUAACUGGCGGGGGGUGGGGAGUAUCGAGUUGACCUUGACCGCCAUGACACCUGUGCACCUCAUUCUGCUGCUCACAGCCUUCAUCUGGUCUCUGACUCUCAACAACGCCGGAGUCGGACUCGGCUUUUUCUUUACACCGGACUGGGGCUUGUUAGGGAGCCCUAAGCCCUGGAUCGAAGCCUUGUCGCAGGUUGCUUGGGACACAGGAGCAGCUUUCGGCAUUUUCCUUGUCUUGGGAGCAAGCAUGACCCGUAAGAUGGGACCUGUGAAGAACGUCGUGUGGACAACUGCUAUCAACGGUCUCAUCAGUCUUAUAGUGGGCGUCACAGUGUUCUGUACAGUUUUUGCAACCUAUACAAAGGUCAACCCGGACGGUACGGAAGCAGAUGUUGUAAACCUACUGAGGACCAACGGACCAGCCAACACCGGACUUACAUUCAUUUGGCUGCCCAUCCUGUUCUCCACCAUGACAGGAGGUCGCGUGAUGGCGUCACUGUUCUUCCUGGCUGUUGUCAUAGCAACCUUCAGCAACUACAUCACUCUCAUGAACACCACUGUACAGGCCAUGGUCGACUGGGGAGUGAAAAGAAGCCUUGCAGUAGUGGUCAUUGCCACAUUGACUUUUCUCUUGGGCGUUCCCAGUGCUGUUAACAUACACGUGCUAGUAAAUCAGGACUUUGUGUGGAGCGCUGGACUGAUCUUCUCCGGACUCUCCAUGAUCUUUCUACUCUGGAAAUAUGGAGCGAAAAACUUCCGUUUAAAUAUGCUCAAUGAGGGUGAAGAUGGGAGUGACUGGAAAUUACAAGGGGCUUUCGACUAUCUGACAAAGUACGUCCUUCUACUGAACGGUCUGGCGCUGCUGGUGUGGUGGGUGGUCCACACCAUCCAGUCUGCUGAUGUGCCGUGGUACCAGCUGGGGAACCAGUCCUUGAUGACCGCCUUUCUGGAGUGGUUUGCCGUCGGGUUGGUUCUACUGGUACUGAACCUCCUGUUUGUGCGGUGCCGAGCACGCAUGUCCGGCUGUUGGUCUUCACUCAUCGCCAAACAGGAGGACAUCCCCGCCUGCCGCUGUUGUCACAAGAAGGACACAGGAGACAGAGACAACCUCAUCACCGCAACAGACCAGGCUGGAGAGAGACAAGUUCCAGACUACAGCACUAUAAACCACUGAGAGGAAGCUACUCGCUGUAUGCGUCUUUGAAUAUCAGUUAUCUAAGACAUUAAAUAAUCAAUGGUUGAUGACCCGCCCCGAAAUGUGCAUAAUGUUAUAACACAUGGCCAUUUGCUAUAACAACCGAAUAAUAGUGUGGUUAUAGCAAAUUUCCACGCGUUACAACACCACAUACACCACAGAAUAGGCUGGUCAUCAACGAUCUCAUCAUGGCAGACUUUAAGAGUAUUAGAGUGAUCAGAAGGCAAAAAAUGGUAACACAUAGAACGGCCUAGAAUUGAAUCUCUAUUCAUUCGUGCUGAGUUGAUUAAUUGUUGGAUAUUUUAACGUUUAUUUUGAAGUUAAUAAUGUAAUCUGUUAUGAGUAUUUAUGAUCGUCAUGGCUUGCCAUGUACAUGGCUUAGAUAUCAUGGGUCUUUGACAGGGCCUUAGUUUUUUGUGCAGUUCUAUACGGUUUGGAAGACAAAAGGGUACAAUAUAUAUGAAAAUUCGAUAUUAAAUAUAUUUAGAUGUUUUAUUUGGGGUUACUAUGUAAUCGGUAUUAGUCAAUUUGUUAUUAUCUUUAGUACUGCAUUUGAAUCACAUUCUGUCACACACAGCUAGCUUCAUGUACCGCCCUUUCUUAAUUUCAAGAGAGCGGUCACUAAUUCAAAGUUUGCCUUUUGCCGACCAUAGAUCUACUUCUUAGUAUUCUGCCCAUCGUAUUUGCUGUUUCAAAACACCAGCUCACCAGUAUCAAUGCUAAAUAUGACAAUAGGUUUGAAUAUGCAUAUUUAAGGUUCUACAUUUUAUCAUUGUACACAGAAAUUUGUUAUUACUAAGUAACAUAAAUAGAACAUGUAAAAAUUACUCUUACUAUAUAACAUUUCCUAAACUUCUACGUUUUUUAUUGUUAUAUACUACAUGUUGCGACACAAAGGCGUUGAUUUUUAACAUCGUCUUUGAAUGUAAUGGAAUCAUGCAUUGAAUACGUAUAA